UCUACUUCGCCAGUACAUUCCACUGGACCUUAUACUGUACUAUAGUUUGACUUUCUUAUUAUCCAUAUUGGACAGUAUUAACAACUGUACUGUAUACAAUUUGCUGAAUAUAAAUAACCAUAGGAGUGUAUGACAGGUAUGGUAGUGGGGGUGGUGGGAGUGGAGGGAAGAAGGUGAGACGACGGGUGCCCACCAUAGCCCAGCGACGUGCAGCAAACGUCAGAGAGAGACGCCGCAUGUUCAACCUCAAUGAGGCCUUCGACAAGCUCAGACGCAAGGUACCAACCUUUGCGUAUGAGAAACGUCUCUCUCGCAUUGAGACCCUACGGCUGGCCAUCACCUACAUCUCGUUCAUGACAGAGCUUUUAGCCUCUGAGCAUGAAGCUGCUGCUGCAGCAGCAGCUGCUGCCGCUGCUGCUGCCAACACCACCACCUCCACUACAGGGGCUACCACACGAGCAGCCUCACUUCGAGGACCUCCUUCGGCCUCUGCCAUCCCUCCCAGGCACCAUGACUACCCUGACUUGGCACUCGGCAAGCGUUGUCCUCCCUACCCUACCCAGCUCCCUGCUACUUAAAUCCCCCUGGAAUAUCUUCAUAUUGUGUAGUAACAUCCAUGAGUCUUCCAUAUCUAGGUUUAGUUGUGGAUACUCGUGGUUUCCACAUUACCAUGAUGGGCCCACCUGUCAGUAUAGUAUCUACCCGGAUAGUCUUCCAAUUGUCUCUAGUCUUCCAAUUUAUCAGUUUUCUGAUAAGAAUAAAUUAAGUGUUUACAAUCAUCAUAUCAGCAACAUUCCACAAUAAUCAUGGAUGUUGGACCAUGUUACUCAAGGCAUGACUUCAGUUGACACUGUUCAUACACACACCAGUUUUUAUAACACGCUGUGGUAUUUUUAUAAUGAGGCAUCCUAGAUUCACUGUUACAACCAUUUUCAGACCACAUGUUUGAACCGCUUCAUGAUCAUAUGUAUCAUCCAUGCUCCCUUUUACAAAAAAAAAAUUAUUGUUGUAAGAAUCAGUAUUUUCAUAUUGUCUUAACAACAACAGACUAACAACGUCUUCUUAAAAUAUCAGUUCACUGUACAUACACUAUUCCUUCCAAUAUACUGUACAGUAAACCUACCCUUUCUGCAGUUAUAUACUACAUGGUACAUUAUAUGCCAGAGAAUUACAUUACAGUACUGUACUUUCAAAAGUUAAUUUAGCUUGUAGACAAGAUUCAUGGUUUUGUACUGGACUUGGAAUUAAAAUCCAGCUCCCAAGGCAUAAAGUUCUUAAUAAAAAGUCAGUCUUGAAGAAAUUAUACCAAUAACUCACUGUUUCUCAUCAUUCAUAUGGAAAAACACUAUAUUAUACUGUGGAGAAAAAAAAUCACGAUUAUUACACUAAUCCUUGGCUUUUGGCUUUUAGAAAUAUCAUGAUUUUUAUUUCUCCCACUUAUAAGUUUACUACGCACCAUUGGGAUGUACUGUACAUGCUCUUGAAUGUACCAGAACAUGUGCCAGACUUUCUACUCUCUUGGUAAAUGAGGUGUCUGGGUGCUGGCACCAGUUUGUUAGCCCUCCUUUGGACAUUCUCAAUCAAUUUGCAGCUCUUGGGGUAUCUCAUAGACCAAGUAGGAUUACAGUACUUCUAAGUUAUAGGUCCUUCUUACAGUACAGUAUUGAGUGAGCUCUCAAAAUAGUAAUUUACCAUUUGUUUCCUCUUUGAGUUAUGCCCCAUAAAAAUUCACAACAGCUGUUAUCCACAGGUUACAGGAAGUGUAAUAAAUAGUUAAAUGAGACCAAAGAUACUUUUUAAUAUUUUUUAGAAAUAAAAUACAGGUAUAUAAAAUAAUCAUUUGUAAAUAAAUGAACAUGUGAUAGCUUUAAACUAUCAAUAACUGUAUGUGCAACAUUGAAGAAAACUUCCAUCAAAUUGUGAAAUAUGGCAGUCACUGAAUACAAGUUAGUGCUGUGAUAGCUGAACUAUCAUAUCCAAUAGUGAUAUGAGUUACAGUAUAUUUAGGAAUUUUGUAAGCUUGUACAAAACCCCUAAUAACAAGAUCUCUUACUUAAAAAAUAUUGUCAUGGUGUAUUACUUCAACUUUUAGAAUCGGCACAUACAGGAUGUUGUACAGUAUUAAUGUAUAUUUUAACACGUUAACCUUCUGGUACCCCUGUCCAUGGUCAGAAAUCUUAACCCCUCUUGGCCUUUUGACACAAUUAGCGCCAUCUACAAUCUAACCCACUCGCAUUCUUUCGACACAGAUUGCGUCAAUAACAUGAACAGUUUUUCUAUUUUAGUAAACAUUGGGUAGAGUGAUGCAGACCCAAAUUGCACCCUUAGAGAUGCAUCUGCAAGCUCACAAGGCUAGUGGGAAGAACUUGGUGGUUGAUACCUGUAGGACCUGUCCACUGUUCCCAUGUUUCUGUUUACGGGAAGGGAUGCUCUCAGUGUCAGAUAUGGCUGAGCUGGAGGGGUCGAGCCAGCCCAAGAGCACUGAGCAACUUGAUCUGCAUCGAAAGGCCAUGAAAAUGUUAAUGUGUAAUAUUGUACCAAAAAUACUCAUCGUUCAGUGUGAGGACCAGAAUGGAAAUGUUGAAUGUCUUCGGCAAUAUUUUUUCUGGUUUGAAAGUUUUACGUGGAAAACAUGUCUAGGUGUUGCCGUAUACUGUACUGCACUUAUUGCACUUCUAUUUUCCAGGACCUCAGUUUCUUGUUCAAUAUGAUCCAUUUCUCAUUUUCUAUCCCUCAUUAUCAAUAUACUUCUCUCUGUGUUUCUUAGUUAUGAAUCAUUGCCUCGUUUAUAUAUAGUACUGUACUGUAUACAGUACUGUACAGUAAUUAUGUUUCUCAGCAUAGAAAUUUUUCAAAUACAUUUUUUUUAAAUUGUACUUAAAGUACUACAUGCUACAGGAGGUAAGACUACAUUUUUUUUAAUGGGCUAGUAUUCUCAAUUUUGUAAAAAAAAACAAAAUAAAAGUCUUGUUGUUUUGGUUUAAUGAAAUAAAUGGCUUAAUUUUUGGGUGAAUUAGAUAAAAGCUCUCUUUAAAGCUUACAUGAAUACACACACACACACCGAUAGAUAUAAGAACAGCACCAUCCCAUCUAUUGUUAAAAUAAUAAACAACUGAUUUAUGUACUGUA